ACAAACACUGACGGUGGCACGCGCCAUCCAGCAUUUCCAUCAACACCGGGUCAGUUGGUCUUUAAAGACACUAUGAAGGGGUAUAUUUAUAUAGAUAGUAAAUGUAACGUGUGGACAUAAUCGUUACCUAAUAUUCAAACCGUUUUAAAAUUAUUUGUAACCAACCUCCCACCUGUAACGUUGCAACUUUAAAUGGGGUAACGUUGGCUAAUUGUGCGCGAAAACUCUCGUAACUGGAUGACGUAAUUGAUUUUACGCCAGUUAACGAAGAAGCGCAGGAAACGCCGCGUUGUGUCAGUACAAACUAACAAACGGCAGUUAGGCUGUGCGAAACAUGGAGCUGGAUAUCCGUCAGUAUCUCACCAAGGCAAAGGAGCAGCAAGACUGCGCAGCGCUGCAGUCCGCCUACCGCCUGAUGGAGGACACGGCGGGAACCAGCGGGAGAACUCCACGUGUUCCCCCAGAGUUGUACGUCGCUUGUGCCGAAGCAGCUCUGCAGCUGGGUCGUUUGGAGAUGGGCACAGCGUGUCUAAAGAUGUACUUUGAAGGGAACCCGCCGGCGAAUCAAUUUUCGUGUCGAGCCUACCUCUGCCGGGGCCGGCUGGAGUCUCCGCCGGCCGCUGGGACUGUGGGCGACUUUGAAAAGGCUCUGCUUUGGUUUAUUAAAGCAAUUGACAUUGCAAAGCGUGAUCCGAGAUGCUACUUCCUAGCGUUCAAUGCGUCGGUGCUGUACCUCCAGACGGCGCGUCCUCUCCUGCAGCCGGGGCGGAGCCGCCACCUCGUCCCCUCCCUCAGGCAGGUGGUCCAAAGUCUGGACGAGGUGGCAGACGGGGACCACAGCUGGAGGGCUGAGCUCAUGAUGCUUCUUAUUAAGUGUCUCGUGGACUCCGGUGAAAUGGAAGAAGCAGCAAGUUUUGCCAAACACGCAGAAGAGUUCAUGAAGUCGCAUAUCCCGCAUCUUUAUCCAAGACUCUUUACGUUACUGGUCCAACACAAGCUGACGGAGGACGAUGUCGUCAUGGAAACGAGCAGGCAGUGUCCUACCUUGGCAGUAAUUUACAGAUUACAGGAAUUCACAAACAAGUUGGAAGAAGUGAAGGACGGCGAACCAACAAAAAGGGAGCUUGAGCAGAUUUUUCAUCUGCUGAUGGACGCCAAAGCCUCUGCUACGCCUGUGAAGUCCAGUCCUCUUCAGAGCCCGACACCCAUCCAGCAAGCUGACCGAGCUGCCUUCCUCGUGGAGUUGGCUCUGCUGGCCUCGAGAGUGAAGUGUCAUGAAGUAGCUGUGGACUGUUUGAAAGAGCUGGAGUCGGAGGGGGAGGCUAGUUUCGGCCAGCACGUAUUAAUGGAAUGUGUCAACUGUGAAAUCAACCUCCAGAAGAGAGAGGGGAAGACUGACGACUACUCCAAAGCCAGCGUGGAGGCCCGGCUGAAGGAGAUCGGCAAGCUGGAUCGGUGGCUGCAGACGGCGGCGGGGGAGGGGGACCCUCGGGCCACGCAGGCGGUGUGCGCUGCGCAGUGGAGCUUCUGUCUGCCGCUCUUGCAGCACAACCUCAGGAAACGUGUCAGGACACCUCUGCUCAGGGUGGCCCAAGUGCUGGAAGACAUUAGAAGCACGUUGCUGGAGACGCGCUGUCAAGUCCACUCGGAGCUGGCGUUGAUCGAAGAGGAGGACGGGCGCCUCGAGGCUUCUCUGACUCACCUCCAGAAAGCCAUGCUGCUGGAUAACGGGACGCGACGAGAGCGCCUGUCGUCAGCUGUCCGCCUCCUGAAGCUCAGAGACACCCUCUACCACACGCCUCCCCGGGCCGAGGAUAGAGCCGAUAUGCUUAUGCAGCAGGCCAGAGACAUGAAGCCCCAAGACGGAACCGACAGCCGCCCCAUCCUGGUCGCUGUGGGUCAGCUUUUGGCCCCUGACCAUUUCCAGAUGGUCCUGGAUGCUGACAACACAGACAAAAGCAGUCUUGGAUCUGGACCAGCGGCUCGGCUCUCUGCUAAGGCGCGGCAUCACUCUGCAGCCAUGCAGAAGCUGGAUGGACACCUUGCCAGACAAGGAGAUGACACAAAUGACACGGAGAGAGUGAAGCUGUGGGCAACUCUGGUGAAGACAGCCAGGAAACAGGAGGUUUGGGAUGUGUGCCGAGCUGCCUGUCGCUUCUGUCUGCUUUAUGACGAUGGGAGAUGGAAAAUGUCCGAGACUGACGGAGGCGGGUCCUCUGAGGGAGGAAGCGGCGCCAAUCGAAGUCAAACCUGCGUGAGGGACUUGCUGCGCCUUUUAGCCGAAGUCCGCUUCAUCAGUGCUGAGGCCACCGUCCAAAAGCUGCUCACAGAGGGAGUCCAGCUUAACGGCCCUGUCGUCCCCGCGGUGCAGAGGGAGCUGCGUGUCUCUGAGGAGGAUCCACACUGGGUUGUUUACAGAGACUGGAUCCACGCUCUGUCUGCUUUCGCCACCUCUAACUUCUUGCGGGCGGCGGAGCUCGGGGCCGAGAUGGACGAGUCGUGGUUGGUCGCAAACGCCGCCAUUUACUUGUGGAACUACAGCAGCCACUUGUUAGCAGCCGGCGAGUACCGACGCCUGCUUCCCACCUUCCAGAGUCUUGUGGCGAUGCUCCAAAAAUCCAAGUUCACCGGGAACCGCACUCUGCUCGUGCUGCUCUGCGACGCCGUGGCCCGCGGGUUGAUUCAGCCUCAGUGCGGACCAGACGGCAUCGAGCGAGCCCCCCCAGCAGAGAAGGCCAGGAGCAGACAGGGGAGGGGCGGGGAGAAGGCUGCCGGCGUCCACGGGGGUUUCUUGGACCCCGCUGCCCUUCAGGAUGUCCGCAAGGCAUCGGAGCUGUGUGACUACGGCCUUCGCCUGUCCGCCGGUAACACCCCGGAGGGAAGCGUCCCCAUCGCAGCCAGGAAACAGGUGGUGGCCACCUGGGUGCAGGUCAAGAGGCUCCUGCAGCAGGAGACUGGGUCAAAGAUGGACACCAAAGAUGAGUGCGCGAGCGAGGAGGUGUCAUCGAUGACGCGCGUGCUGGUCGCAGUGGAGAUGCUCCGGUGCAACAGGAACCCGAGGCAUCUGCCGUCCUCGGUUCCCGGGCUGUCGUCACUGGUGAGCAUGGCGUCUGGAUGCAGCUGGACUGACGCCGUGGUGGAGCUGCAGGUGUGGUGCCAGCUGGCUGCAUGCUGCCACCAUGCCAAGGACCACAGCUUGGUGUUGCGCUGCACCGAGAGCGCCCUGCAGCUGCAGGAAGCCGCAGCAAGAAGGCUUAACGCCAUGCCCUGUGUGCUGUACGGCCUGACCGCGGUGAACGAGAUGCUGAGCAGCGCCGGGUGCUUGCGAGGUUUGAGUUUAGUGCACGAGUCCAGUGGAGAUCUUCACACCUACAGGGAGGCUCUGGAGGUGCUUCUGUCCAGUGUCAGCAACGCAGAGAAGGCAGAGAAUCAAGCCCUGUGUGUGGCAGCUGCCAGGCACUACUGGAACGCAUGCCUCCCCCUGACGCAGACUGCUGAAGAACGACGGCAGCUCCAAGAGCCCCUGGAGAAGAUACUGACGGCUCUGAUUAAAACCAAAAAGCAAACAGACAGACCGGGCAAAGGGAAAGGCCUGUUGAGCUUGACCGAACUGCCUCAUGGGAGAUCUAAACAUGAAGCCUCAGAUGAAGACGAGCUCUCCCUGAGAACGGCAAUCUACAUUUUGUUGCUCCACAUCCACACUGAUAAAACGGACUGGAGAAGUGCGCUGCGUCUGCUGGACCAAGCUGUCGCAGACACGCCUCGCACCAGACACCAGCUACCUCUUCUGAAGCAGAGAAUACUGGUAAAAGCUCGCCUGGGGAAAUGUGUGCUGAUGGACAUGCCCAUGUUACAAGGCCAAGGAGAGCAGUGCAGUUCCUUCAUGUGGCACCAGAUGGCGCUGUGUGCUGGCACCAUAACCCAGCAGCUCACCUGCUACCAGAAGUCCAUCACCUCACUCUCGAGUGAAGAGUCUCGUUGGCAGAAGGUCGGCCUUCUGCUAGAAUUUGGAGAGUGGUUGUACUGUCACGACUUCCCAAAGGCCGAUGCCCAAAACCAGGUCCAGUGGGCCAUCGACAUCCUUCUACACUUGGAAAGUGAACAGGCAGGAGGAUUGGAGGACGAGUCCAUGAAGAGGGAUUUGAGCUCAGUGGAAGGCGAGUCCCUGGUUGGAGUGCGCGGCUUGUUGUUGACAGAAAGUGUGUCCAAGCUGAAAGACGUGCGGCGCCUCGAGGGCUUGGUGCGAGCGCACACUCUGCUCGCCGCCAUGGCAGACAGGACUUCACCCGAGCACCAGCUUAACCUGCUCAGAGCCUACGUCUUUGUGCUUCGGAUAUGGCAGGUGUCCAUGGCAGUGGCUCGGGACAUUUCCAACGAGAUGGCAAAGAGCCAGCCCUCUCAGCCUCCGGCCUCGGCCGGGUCCAAAAAAGGCAAAGGCAAGAAAGGAAAAGAUCCCGCUCCUGCAGAAGAGAGACCUCAACUCGUGGUCUUGGAUCACGCACUUCCUUCCACGCCGCAGGACUGGGCCCGCUACGAAUGUCCUGAGCUGGCGAGGCAAAUCUUCAGAACCAACAGUAACCCUCAUUGUAUCAAUAAACACAGCAUCACGAAGCAGACUCAGAGCCUGUUUUAUCUCAACUUGCUGGGAAAAGAGCUCCACUCCCUGUCACUCGACUACCUGACCCUACCCAUAAUGCAUCUUGCUGAGACCAUUGCUCAUGAUCUUUUGGACAGAGGGAGCCUCUCCGACCUUUAUCGACUUAGAAUUGUGAGGUGUUGUAGUCAGCUGGGAUUGGAGACACAGUCACCGUACUGGGAGAAGCUUGUGGAUCUGAGUAGAAUCCGAGAACAAGAACAGAUGAGGUGCCACGAAGUGAUUGCUUCUUCACGGGAGAGAAAGGGCCUUCACAACGCUUCACAUCAGGAAGUGGAGGUGGUGGGAUUGGCUGUGUCUGGGCGCCCGAGGAGCGAUGUGUGUGCUCAGGACGUCUGGCUGGACAAAGCGGAGGUUUGUCUCAGCUUUGGGCUUCUUCAAGCAGCCAGGCAGCUCCUGGCAGAGGCCCACUUUGUGGCUGUGGAGCUCAGAGACACAAAAGCCACGGCGAGCAGUUUGCUCAGUCUGGCCAGUCUGGCUUGUGAGGAGCAGAACUUUACUCUGGCGUUGAGCCUGCUGGACAAAGCCCAUGCUCUGGGAGGGGAUAAGGAGUUCUGGUACCAGCUCGCCCUCACCAAGGUCACAGCUGUAGUGGGCCAGGGAGACCAGGACGCACGCUUGAAGGCUGAACAGAUCAUAAAACAAGCCUGCGUGGCUCUGGAGCUGGUUCGGGAGCGGCAGGUUAACCAAGCCCCAAGAGUCACGUUCCUGAUCACCUCGUUAGAGAUGAGGGGUGCCGUGGAAGGUAUACGUGCUCUUGGUGGGGGUGAACCAGGAAAGAGAUUCAGCAAGGAGGUUUUCCAGAGGCUGACGGCCGCCUGUGACACACUCCGAGAGUGUGCCAGUCGUUUCACUAAACUCGGCUUUAAAGAACAUGGAGUGGAGACACAUGUGGAGUAUGCACAAGGUUUGAGAAUGCUAGCCAACCGAUCUACUCAUGCAGAAGACAAACAGCACUACCUGCUCAAUGGCCUCUCCCAAAUGCAGCUGGCUGUUACAGAGCAGGAACAUGUGGCGCUGAAGGCUCAGACGCUGCUCCCCCCACAGGAAGAGAGCCCUGCAGUGUCUCUGGCAGCCAUGCGCAGGCUGCUGCGCCUCCGGCUGGCCCUGGCACAGUUUGGCCUGACCGUGCUGGAGGAGCACAGCCUUGAGGAGAAACGCCAAGCUCUGGCCCGCGAGAGGAAAACCUCCGCUGAGAAAGCACUGGAGGAGUUUACACGCUGCACACCUGAGCCCAACUCCAUAGAAGAGGAAUGGGCGAGUGUGGGCAGUACUUUGGGGCAGGUGGUCCUCGGCCAGCUGGCUGCGGUCAGUUCUCACCACCCGGACAACAUGGAGGCCAGAGCUCGCUGUCGGAGUCUGAUGGGAAGAUACCUCAGACUGCUGGCUGUGCAGGAGGACCCCGUGUAUCUGUGUGCCCUCUGGGACACACACAAACAGGAGGAGGCCUGGUCCGACCACAAAGCUGAGGAGAAUUUAAAGAAAGACGGAGAAUCAAGCGGACGAGAGCCGAGGACGACCUCUGCUAAAAGUGCUGAUCUGCAGCCGAGGAGGCGUAGAGCCCAGCAGUUGUUGGCACAGGCCGCUCAGGCACUGGCCGACGCCGUCAGCCUGUGCCUGAAACACAAGCUGCCCUACUCCAUCCUGGCCGAGGCCUCCCUCAACAUGUCGGAGUGUCACGGCCAUUCUGACCCUGCGGCGUCGGGCCAAUACCUCGCCCUGUUUCAGAGCUGCUGCACCGUUGCCACGAUGAACGAGGUCCUCGGCUCUGCCUGCGCCGGCACCAGUGGGUCGCAGCUAUCAGCUCUGCUCAGCCUGCACAGGAAACUACUCCUCACUCAAGAGGAGAGGCCCAGCAGCAUGCUGAAGGGGGCGGAGGACUCCCUCAGUGAACUCUCUAAGGCCUUCAGCCAACUGACCAUCCAUCCCAGCCACCUUAGUAUCCUUGCAGAGCUUCCACCCAACCUCAACAUCCUGCUGCUUCAGCACUCUGAAGAUGGGUCAGAACUUUACGGGGCCUUCUAUGACAUGACCAAAUCUCCAAAUCAAAAAGGAAAAAAUAAGCAGGUUGCAGGUACCCUGACGUGCUCCAGGGUGGCCAAGGUUUCCGUCUGCCCACAGGCUCUGCUGGCACUGAGGGACCGGACUCGGGCCUUUGGCCUGGAGACCAGACAUGCCCCCAUCAAGCCAACCUGUUGGCGCGGCGCCGAGGGCACGCCGGAGGCCUCCAGGGAGUGUCAUGAUGCUGCCCGCAAAACUGCCACAGAAGGAAUGUUAGGUCUUCACUUCAGAGAAAUUAUACAAGAUAUGGAAGACUAUUUGAAGCCACUUCUCGCACAGUUUGACUUCUCUUGCUUAAGACCCCAGGCUGCCACACCACCAGCCUCUGAAAUGACCAAAACCAAAGAUAAAGACGAGAAAGGGAGCUCAGCUAAAUUAGCAGCAGAGCCCGGGGAGUGUGUGGUGUUGCUGGCAGACAGGGGGUUGCUGGAGUUGCCGCUGGAAGCCUUGUCCAUCCUGCAGGGUGAAGGCCUGAGUUCUGUCUCACGAGACUUCUCCCUGCAGCUUCUCCACAGUCGCCUGAACAUAGAAGAACCGGACAAAGUUGAAAGUGACAACAAAAAGGAGACCAAAGGUGGCAAGGGAAAUAAGGGGAAGGGAGAUCAAAGCCCAGCCAUCAAAGUGAUGCGUGUUAAUCGGGAUUUGCCUGCAAACACCUUCCCUGUGGACAUACGUCACAUGAAAUGCAUUGUUGACCCUCACAAUGAAGUUAACAUUGAAGGCACCAGCCUGAGCACGAGGGUGAAGGAGAUUUUGGAAAGCCACAGUCAGCACUGUAGCCAUCUGUGGGAGGGCUGCGUGGGCAGCAGAGGACCGCACAGUCUGUCCGAGAUGGAGCGGCUGCUGUGCAGCUGCAGUGCCUUCGUUUACCUGGGGAUGGAGAGCUUCGUGGCAAACAUCCCACCUGCCAAACUAGCAGCCAUCGAUCUGUCUGAGUGCCGCCUGGCUCUGCUCUUCGACCGGACUCAGAACAGUGCCAGUGUUCUCCGCCAGAGGAACCUCGACAUGCUCAAGAGCGCAGCGCAGGUGGAGCUGGAGAAGCCCCCGGAGACCGCUCUGCUGCUGAGUUUGGGUGGUGUCGGCUGUAUUGUCCUCAACCAGUGGCACAGCACCCUUCCUCAGAACACACGCAGCAUGACCAAAGUCCUAGACUGUUUACUGAGGGUCAGACUGACCUCUGGCCAGACCGUCCAUGUCCUGAGGAGAGGAGACAGUGAGGUCACAGCAUCAUAUGAGAAAGUGCUGCGCGAGGACUCGAAGGAAGGCCGCGCUCCUCACAAAAGGACUCUUACACCGGCAGCCUUCAACUGCGUUGUCUACGGCCUCCCCAACUUAAUUGUCACAUGAUGUUGCAUAUCCUCACUUGUAUUUCCAAGUUGAAGGCUGCUACUGGGACUUAAGGGGUCGCAGAUAUUUCAUUAAAGGGGAUCCUUGAAUCUUCAUUUCUGUGUUUUUAGUUUUUUUUCUUGUCAUUAUAGGGUUGAUACUGCACACAGCAGACUGAAGGUUCAAUAAAGCCCUCGGAGCUGUCAAUGCUGUGGGUGAAAGCAGCUUACAGAGAUUCAACCCAGCCCCAUUCUUACUGUAUUCAUUAAAUGAGCAAUGUUGCUGCUGAUAUUGCCCCGACAAGUUGUGCUUUUGGGAUCAGUAAAGGAUCUGACAGAUAGACGUGAAUGUAGAGUACAGUAGAUUAGAUUAGUGUAUCAUCAGCAAUUUACCAUCGGAGGCAAUUAAAGGAGCGACAGGAGCUCCGACGGGACCAGCAGCUGCGCUGUGACGGGACACAUAUGGAGCAAAUCCGAAAAUAAAAGGACGGCGCUAAAAAUAAACUGCAGCUUCAUCUCGUUUCUGCAACUAAAGUUCCGUUAUUGAAAUGUCCAAUUAGUCGAGCCCCGUUUAUUGAAGCCCUGUUCAUUAGUGCCGGUGAAGUCAUUUACAGUUCCGUCGUCUUGACCCCCCCCAAUUUCCAACAAAGAGCUCACAACAGAGGAGCCACUCACUGCGUGACGUGAAAAACACUACGACUGCUUUGUGAACUCGUCCUUCUCAUGAAAACGAGGCUCAAACUGAAUAUAAUUGUAACUUGGAGAAUGCCCUUGUUAGGCGUUCUUACGUGAGAAUUAUGUGAGCUGAGGUUCUAAAAGAGUGUAAGUGGCAAUCAACCAAUUCUGAUGUUUUAUUACUGAAUAGAUUUGGCACUAAUGCCUGGAUCAGUAGAAUGAUGAGUGUCACACUCAAAGCACAAAUGUAGUCACAAACUAUUAUAUAAAUAUAAAAACGCUGCAGUGCAAUCAUCUGCUCAUCGACCUUCAGAUAAUCCGAGUAUCAGACAAGAUGAUGUGGGGAAGUUUAAAUCAUAAUUUAUGAUUUCUGAAUUUCCGGUGGUGGUAUCAUGAAGCCAAAGAGGCCGCUAAAUUGAAGAAUAUUAAACAUUAACAUUAAACACAACAUACCUGGUCAGGAGUCGAUAUUGUUGUUGAAAGUUGCUGAUUGUUGAGCAGCAUUUGGCUCAUUCAGCAGCGUGUUCUUCAGCCGCUUGCUGCACGUUGCUCCACGUGUCUUGUUUUGCUCUUCCGAUGAAUAAGCGCCGCUAGCGGUCCGUCUCUGCAGCUUGUUUGUCUCCUCACGCAGGGACAACUCGGCUCCUCACUCCUUCGGGCAGCUAACAGAUGUCUCUCAGCGGCUCCCAAAGUUCAACUUGCUCACAGAUCUGGACUUGAAGAGAGAAUGUCCCCGUUAAAUCCUGUUAGUCUCAGUCUGUGGUACAUUCUGUGGUUUGUAUGCAAUAAAAUGUCUACUUCCACUGAUCAA